AUGAUGGCAGACCAUAUUGCUCUUAAUAAUGAGUCAAGUCAGGACCUGGCGGCGAUCAAUGAAGUUAUGCAAAAUGGUCCUGUAUCCCAUACAGCUGGCCAUAUCCCCAGUCACAAGAAUCAACAAAAGGGGACCAACCCGGAUAUUCCUCCUCCAAAGACAGAUAAACCACGGCCGCAUGUGUGUAUAACCUGUUCGCGGUCCUUCGCCCGCCUUGAGCAUCUUAAGCGUCAUGAGCGAUCCCAUACCAAGGAGAAACCCUUCGAGUGCCCCGAUUGCACAAGAUGCUUUGCGCGAAGAGAUCUACUUCUGAGGCACCAGCAGAAACUCCACAUGGCGACCACGCCAGCAUCGCGGCCAAGGAACGUCAGACGAGAGAGCAUGAGCAGUUCCACGAGAGUCCGCAAGAAUUCGAUUGUUGGCGGAACCAAUACCAUGAGACCAAGAGCCAAUACUAUCAGCCAUGUCGAAGGAGCCGCUGUGGGUAUGCUAUCUCCCGGAAACUCAGCUUCCAGGCCGACUCAGCCAGGCCAUACCCAUCAUCCUAGCCUUGGUGGUCUUUCGAACUUUCCCAACUUCGAUUACCGUUCAAGCAUCAGCUCACUCAAUGGACUCACCAAACUCGACACUGCAGCUCUAACCAGCGACUUCCCCGAUGCUCUUCGAACCGCACCAGUAUUUGGAAGUUUUGAUCUCCCAUUUGGGAUGGGUGAUGCGAUGAUUGGCCAGGGAAGUACAAUCAACCCUGCACAGUUGCACUUUGCAGGUUCGCCCCAUGGCUUUGCCGAUUCCCCUGCCUCCCCUUUCUCUCAGAGCUUUUCAAACAUGACUGCUACGCAGAGUACAAUUGAAGAUGACUUGAAAUAUGAAUGGCUAAAUGGCUUUGACAAUACCAUGACGUUCGCGCCCAACGACUCCGCCAUCGAUGGCUCAUCCCCAUCGGCCAUGAGUACUGGAAGUCAAAGUGGACUUAGUGAAGCGAUUCUCGACGCCGCCAACCAGGCUGCCACAACAUCCGGGGGUAGUACAGCCUGGUCUGGUACACUACUAUCCCAAAGUCAACCUCAAUCCCAGCAAUAUGCAUUGGAUUUCGCCAACCUUACGUUUCCCGAGUUUGCUGCACCUCCUGAUACUGUGUCCCCUAAGUCUCUCCUUUCACAAAACCAUGUAUCCAAUUCUUCGUUCUCGACAUCUACAUCCUUAGCGUCGAUGAAUGGACCCGUACUCUCGGGAGCUCCUACUAGUACGUUCCAUAUUUCCUCCGUCGGUGGAACAGAUGGCCUCCAAUCUUUUGAAUCUGGCUAUGGUCAAACGUCUCAACCAGCCUACUUGAGUUCUAUCACUGAUUCGACGCGACAGGCUUUGAUGGGGACUUUACAACAACCUUCGGGUUUCAAUAAUCGUCGAUUCUCGCAACAUUCCCUUAGCCCGUCGCCUUUGAGCCCUUCUAGCCCCGGAAAUAUGCUAAGCAACUCCCCGUACACCUACAACUUACCCAGCACCUACGAUCUUCAGCGAUAUGUCUCUGCAUACGUUACUUAUUUUCACCCCCAUUUACCGUUCCUCCACGUUCACACCUUGGAUUUCACCGCUCUUGAGUAUUCAGGAAAGUCUGGAUCAUCUGGCACCGUUGGCAAUAUUGCCCUCGGUGGUGGAUGUCUUGUUCUUUCCAUGGCUGCUAUCGGUGCGCUUUAUGAGUACGAUACGGCCACAUCAAAGGACCUUUUUGAGUCUGCCAAGAAAAUGAUUCAGCUUUACCUUGAGGAGAGACGACGGGCAGAUAUGUCUGCUGCCCUCAACCGUUCUAAUUUUAGCCGCGAUAAUUCACUUCAUAACACUCCGCUUUGGCUUGUGCAAGCUAUGCUACUUAACGUUAUAUACGGCCAUAAUUGCGAUGACAAAACUGCCGUUGACAUUGCGAGUACACAUUGUGCGGCCCUUAUUAGCCUGGCGCGAGCUGCAGAGCUAACGCAGUACCAUCCACCAGAGAGCUUACCAGCUGAGCAACUAGGGUACAAUGCUUCCUCCAAUGAUCUGUCUGGCCUUAAUACAGAUAUGUGGAAGGGCCAACAGACGGAAAUCUCCAACGAAAGAAAAGAAUGGCUUAACUGGAAGAUUGUGGAAGAGAGGAAACGUACCCUAUAUGCUAUUUUCACCUUGUCAAGUUUGUUGGUUUCUACAUAUAAUCACGCACCCGCUCUCACAAACUCGGAAAUUCAGCUCACUUUACCUUGUGAAGAACAACUCUGGGCAGCUGAGUCUCCUGAAGCGUGGAGAGCAAUGGGAGGUGCUGAGAAAACCUCAAUCGAGUUCUCUACUGCUCUCAAGACGCUUCUCACAGCAGGUCAAGCCUCCUCCCAUGACCAAUUCGGUUCGACUAUCCAAGUCGAUGGGUCAUUAGCUAGUGACCUGCGGCCAAGUACCUUUGGAUGUUUGGUGUUGAUUCACGCUUUGCAUAACUAUGUCUGGGAAACACGACAGUUGCACAUGGGGAAGCAAUGGGCAAGCCAGGAAACUGAGGCAAUGCAUGUGCACAUCGAGCCUGCGAUCAGAGCUUGGCAAAGAGCUUGGAGUAGCAACCCUACGCACAGUUUAGAACGACCUAACCCAUUCGGCAUUGGUCCCUUAUCUGCGGAUAGCAUUCCCCUGUUAGAUCUGGCUUAUGUUCGAUUAUAUGUCAAUCUUGGUCGGUCCAAAGAAGCCUUUUGGCAGCGGGAUUGGAGCAGCAUGGCAGAUGAGCUUACGAAGGCGGUUCAAUCUGUGACCCUUUCCGACGGUAGUCCUGAGUCGGACUUUUCUCUCUCGACCCAUGACGACGUUACGUCAAAUCAAAGGCUAGAAUCGCUUGCCGACUAUGGAGUAGCGGACCUCACUAUAUCUAGCUCCCCAGAUCAUGACCUCUCGCAACUUAUCGCUGGCUCGCGAAACAACAUGCAAGCUUGUAGAAGCGAACGCCUUCUACGCAAGGCCGCCUUCUACGCAGCAGAUUCCAUGUGCAUGUCAAACGAAUGGGGCAACACGUUUGCCGAAUUUACCUCCCGUGACCUGCCCAUCCAAAGUGCUAUCUGCCUAUUCGACUCUGCCCAAGUUCUAGCUGAAUGGGCCACCACGAUCCAAGAACGUGCUGGUCCUUACCUCGGAAUUUUGGGUCAGGACCACGUUGAUUUCAACCAAGUUCCGGCCACAGUCUUAUUGGAAGACGAGGACCGCAAUUUGAUGCAGAAGAUCCAGGAUAUCUUGAACAGCGUUGAAAAUAAGAUGAAGAAUAUGUUGCCGCAUGUUGGGGUUAGCGGAUCGGAGACGUGGAACCGUCUGCCCAGCUCAAUUGAUGGUGGAUAUGGAACGAAGAUUGUCCUCUCUGCGGCCUUUUUGCUUAAUAACGCAGGUGUCUGGCCAGUUAUUAAACUGAUGUCUAAUGCACUUGAAGCUCAAGGCCACAAGAUGAAACUGAGAGCGCAGAGCUCUUGUUCCAGGUAA